CCCGAUCUGCAGCACCUUCCAAAUCUGGCAGCGACCUGCUCUGUGAAGUAGACGCCCGCUGCAGGAAUGCUCUUCGCGUAGACAUCUUCCACUGCCCGGUCUACAGCAUGGUGCACGCUCACGAACUGUGUUCAUCUCUCCAAAAUGCCUUCCGUGUGCGGCGGCAACGCAUAGCGGUUCCGCACACCACAGCCAACCUCGGCAUCCUCUCCGUCCUCCUCCGGAACGGCUUCAUAACCUCUAUGUACCGUGGAACAGUAGACGAGCCUGAUCCGCUUGCGUUCCUCGACGCUGGGGUGGCGCAGCGGCGGAUAUGGGUGGACCUGAAGUACCGCGAGGAACGGCCCGUCUUGAACGCCAUGGAGCUGGUCAGCAAGCCGAGCAAGGCGGUACUCAUGGACUUGGAUGCUCUGCGGCUUAUAUGUUCGGGUAGAAGAACGCAGGGCGUGAAGCCGCUACGGAUGGGCGAGAUUGCGAUCGUACGGACGAAGAACCAGGAGCAUGAGUGGGUGGAAGCGAGAGAAGCGCUGCAACUAAACCUUGGGGGAGAGAUCAUUUGCCGGGCACGGUAGUCAUGUUGGAUCUCAUUCCGUUUUUUUUCCUGAGGAGCCCUAUAUACCUUGUCAUGGUACAAGAGGCACGGCCAUCUGUCUUUCAGCGGUCUCGUCAUGUUGUAUAACUCCGGGGUACAUUUUUGACUCAGGAAGGGUAAUUACGACCCAAAGUCUCUACCAUCAGCAUCUACACUCAUUACACGAAUUGCAUUAUACGUUUGACACUGAAUACUACAUGCUAGGCGCUAGGUAGCAAGUUGCGCAAAACUUCAUCUACGUCGACGUCCCUGUGGACAGGCCACUCGCCCUCCCUGAUCAACUCGUUCUCCGCCAGCAAGGCCCAGUUCGGCGAGGGCGUGGGCCGGAUAUGAGAGAAAUCUUGCACGGAAAGGUUGUUGC